AUGGCGGUCCCUCAGCGGACGCUCUCUUGGCUCUACUCGGUCCUAAGCAAGGAUCAUUUUGACCCCAAACAAACAUACCACGAUCCUAACCGUGCCUAUCACGAUGUCGCCAAUGCGCUGGCCCAGUACCCCUCGCUCUCCCCUCGCACCGACGUCUAUACUUACGAGAACGGGUUCUCGGCUCUUCUUCUUCACCUUGUAGGCACGCUGCCUGUUCUCUUCCGAGGCACCACCUACCGUUUUCCUAUCGCGCUUUGGAUACCGAACACCUAUCCCCGUGAGCCUCCUAUGGUCUAUGUAACGCCGCCUCAGGAUAUGACGGUUCGUGUUGGACAACAUGUGACAUUGGAAGGACGAGUAUACCAUCACUACCUGGCGCAUUGGGCGGAAGCUUGGGAUAGAUCAACGAUUGCCGAUUUCCUUUCUAUACUCCGUGAUGUAUUUGCCAAAGAACCACCGGUGCGAUAUCGCCAGCAAAUGCCCCCUCCGCCUCAAGCGCAGCAAGCACCAACUCCCCCGCCAGUACCACCCUUGCCGCUUGGCAUGGGACACUCGCAACCACCAGCUCAGGUCCAAUCUCCUCAUCCGAAUAAUCAGGGUCAAACUCCUCCACAACUCCCUCCCAAGCCUGGAUCAGCUACUUCGCAACAACAAUUUCCCCCGCAAGUCGCAGAUCGGUACCGAUCACCUCCGCCUCUCCCUCCGCUGCCUCCAAAAGAUGAUAGUGUCAGACGAACUUCAAUACCCGCAGGAAUGCCCAGCUCUGGAAGCCAGGCACCCCUUCAAUAUUCGUCAUCGCAAUACCCAGAUUCCCAAUAUGUAGGACAUCACACAUCUCCAUCCGGAUCUCAUGGCCCCCCAGCAGGCUACAACAGACACGUUAGCGGAGCCCCCGUCCCUGGCCAUCAACAAAUGCCCCCGACACCCCAGGGAGCGCCGCUACCAAUUCAACAAUCACAUCGCCAUUAUUCGCAAGUGCCACAACCUCAGUAUGCUGGGUAUCAGCCUCAACCGCAGCAGCAGCAGCCGGCGUCGCAAAAUAUACCACCAUACCCCCAACAUUCUCCUCAUCCAUCCAAUUACCAGGCGCCUCCUCCAAGAGCGCCAGCUCCGAAGACAGAAGUUCAGGAUCUUCUCACUUCCCCCUUUGAACUCGAGCUUCCAUCCUUCGCACCCAUGGGACCGGCCCCUCCAAUUCCACCAAACCCUGAAAAAGAUGCCCUCCUCCACGCCGUCUCAAAGACCCUGGCCGACACACUCGCAACUCAGGCCUCGCAAUCUGACACAGCGGCUCAAUCGCUAGUGUCACAGUCGCAGUCUCUCCACGCCGCCAUGGCAACUCUGCAAAACGAGGUUGCCAUUCUAAACAACCUCCACUCGACCCUACAAUCAAAUACCUCCGUCCUUCAACAAUCCAUUCACCGUGCAGACGCUGCAAUUGCAGAUGCGCAAGCUCGCUCCGCGACCUCCAUCUCUACUAACGCACCAUCAACAUCCACCGCACUACCCACAUCUUCAGACGCUCCAUAUGGCGGUCUACCACCUAUUGAUGAAGUACUGGUUGCGCCUACCGUCGUUGGUAAACAGCUUUACGACCUCGCUGCGGAAGAAGAGGGCCUUCAGCAUGCACUUUAUGCAUUGCAGUCCGCCCUAGUGCGGGGUGUUAUUGGUGUCGAUUCUUGGUCCCGUCAUACACGCGGUCUUGCGCGUGAAGCAUUUUUGAAGAAGGCGCUCAUCAGUAAGAUUGGGCAAGGAAUGGGAUUAGAAUCUGUUCCGUGA